AUCUUUGAAAACUUGGAAGAGGGAGGAGGAGAAGAAGAAGAUAACAGUUUGGGAGUAGAUGGAGACCUCACUCAGAUAUGGCGGAGAUUCCAAAGCUCUGAGAAUCCAUGCCAAGCAGAACCUCCCUCUUCUUGACUCCAAUACUCUCCUCCAGGUCCAUGGGGAGCUUGAUACGCGAGUUGGAAGUCCGAGUCAUUUCAGCGCGUUGUUAAGACGCUUCUAUCCAGAUAUCUCAGCUAGCCUCGGAGCUGGAGUACAAUACGAUAAGCGUGAGAAACUGCGGUAUGUUAUACGUGGGAAGAAGUCAUUCCCUGUGACAACCAAUGGCCAGUUAAGCUUUAAUAUUAAGGGACGCUUUGACACUGACAAAGAACUCAAAGAGAAAAGGUCAAGAGGAGCUGCUGAAUUGUCCUGGGCCAUUUUAAACUUUCAAAAGGAACAAGAUGUUAGGAUCAAAGUUGGCUAUCACGUGAUUGAGAAGGUUUCAUAUUUUCAGAUAAGGGAAAACAAUUGGACAUUCAAUGCCGAUGGUACUGGUAGAUGGAACGUCAGAUAUGACUUGUGAGACGCGGAAGCUUCAAGACUGUUUUUGGAGGUGAGAUGUAUUGUUGCAAGCCCUAUUAUUUUGUAUUUUGAUUGAUGAUGGACUGCUGCUGAGCAGAAACAUAUUGGUUAAAGCUAUCUAUGAAAUGGAAAGAUUUGUGGCAA